AUGCGUUGGGCACCAAAUGGGCAAAGCGUCCUACUGAGGUGCUGUACAAUCAAAGUACCGAAUAAGAUCUAUGUUGGCACAGACCUCGUCACAGCCGGUUCUUAUUAUGAGGGUGGAGUCGUUGCCAAGAAGGAUAUGUACUAUCCAAAGGGACGAGAGUACGACUUCAUCGCUAACGUGCGAACUGAACACGUCCUACUGAGGUGCUGUACAAUCAAAGUACCGAAUAAGAUCUAUGUUGGCACAGACCUCGUCACAGCCGGUUCUUAUUAUGAGGGUGGAGUCGUUGCCAAGAAGGAUAUGUACUAUCCAAAGGGACGAGAGUACGACUUCAUCGCUAACGUGCGAACUGAACAAGGUGGAGUACGUGUAUGGGUCUAUCGGAUAGCAUGUGGAGAGAAGGAUCGUCGUGUGGAGUUUGAGCCGAUAAUGGUUGCACAACCACAACAACCUCUAUCUCAGCCUUCUGUCGAAAGGCUCACAGUGUCAGAAUUCUCUCAUUAUACUAUUACUUCUUCACUGGGCAUAAUCGUUUUGAAUGUUUGCCAGCCCAGAACGCAAGGAACAUCUAAACAGAAUCAGAACGUGCUGUGA